AUGGCUUCCGUUGCCGGAAACACCGCGAGGUCGAUAUUCCGAUCAUCCUCCGCCUGCCGUACUGCAUUCCGAUUCGGUUCGGAAGCUAAAGCGGCUCGUUCUCCUUUCCGAAUCGCCUCCAAUAAACCUACAUCGCAAUCCGCAUUCAGGAGCCCUGUUGAGUUGAGCUUCUGUGUGGAAUCAAUGUUGCCGUUUCAUUCAAUAACUGCUUCUGCGUUGAUGACUUCAAAGCUAGUAGUUUCUCAACGCAGCUAUGGUUGGCUUCCUGAAGAUUGCAAUGAUGAUGUGUGA